CGAAAUAUAUAUGAAAGCGGCUGAAGUUAGUAAACUAGCGAAGGUAACAAUUCAUGCAUGGCUGAAAGCCGAAAUAAACGUUUUAAACAUAAACUUAAGCUCUUGUUAUGUGUUGAACUUGUUGACAACUUAAUGAUGUUAGACUAACAUGUAUUAUGUAGUGUGCAAUGCGAACAUGAAUUCAAGGGAUUUUACAAUCAUUUUAUACAGGCAUUACGAAUAUGUGACGUGUAAUGUGAAAAAUAGGCUCCUUGAGUAAACGUUUUAAUAUUGAAGAGAUAAACCUUCUGAUGCGAUGAAUGAAACAAAUCGAUCCGCUAUGUCAUCGUCGUUAAAUGUAAGUGCUCAGACAGAAGAAACUCUGGUGGAACAAAUGUAUAACAUCUCCAAUGUUCACAAUAACACCAAUGCCAUAUCAGGAAGAAAUGAGACUCUUGCAAAAGUCGAGAUCGCCGUUCUCGCUGGUAUUUUGUUUAUGGCGGUUUUUGGUAACGUGCUUGUUAUUGCAAUUCUGAUGUACAGGGAACGAAAACUAAGCAGGAUGCAACUGUUUAUUAUCCACCUUGCGGCGGCAGACAUUUCAGUUGGCCUAUUCCAGGUUCUACCGCAGUUGAUGAUGGACAUAACCUAUAGAUUCGACGGAAAUAAUUUCUUGUGUAAGCUUGUGAUGUACAUGCAAGUCGCAACAAUGUAUAGUUCUACGUACGUACUCAUUAUGACGGCGGUGGACAGGUACAUGUCCAUUUGUCAUCCGCUGAUGUCUCAAACGUGGACUUCACGGCGCGUGCAUGUCAUGGCGUGUAUUGCCUGGCUAAUCUCGGCAAUAUUUGCGACGCCACAGUUAUUUAUUUUCUCAUACCAAAAGCGAGAAAGCGACGGCGCCUACAUAUGUGGAGAUAAUUUUGACACCACAAAUUUGUGGCCAAUACAGACCUACGUCACCUGGAUUUUCCUGUCCGUUUACGCAAUUCCAUUUACGAUUCUGACAGCCUGCUAUUCGAAAAUUUGUAUUGUAGUGUGGAUUAGCGUUAAUGCCAAGGAAAACCACAGUGGUAACCCUAAAAAGAAACCUUUGCUUCGAAAUGGAACGAGUUGUCAGUCACAAGGGACAAAUAAAGUAUUAAAUCCCCGAGCACAUUCUAAGAAAUUGUCAAAGUCUAAAAUUAAGACCGUCAAAUUGACAUUGGCAGUCGUGACCUGCUUCAUCGUAUGUUGGGCACCGUUCUUCAUAACCCAGAUGUGGGCAGCCUACGACAUCAACUCUCCUUAUGACACAAGCCACGUGAUGGCUAUAACGUUACUGCUGGCAAGUCUGAACUCCUGUUCUAAUCCUUGGAUAUAUCUGGCGUUUUCCAGUCGUUUGUGUAACAGGCGCCAACCAAUGAAUUCUACGAAAACAUGGCUUUCCACCGCCAAUACUUAUGUCACAGAUGCUGGAAACGACACUCUACGCAUGCGCAACAUGCAUAAAGAGUCCCGAUCAUUGAGUGGAACAUAACAUUGGUGAAUCAUACUUUUUAGUUAAAGCGCAAUCAUUGGUAUAACAAAUCGCAGGUAAAACUGAGAAAUACCCCUUUUCAAUAGUAGUAUGGUAAUAUAUACAAUAUAUCAUGUGGAUGAGACGCGUGUAUAUAAAAUAGUUCAUUCAAGCUGAAACUUUUGAUGGUAGCUUAUUAACUGACGGUUACACAAUAUAGUUGGAACGUUCAAACAAAAUCACAUUUUGUUCUAAAGAACGUUAGCUUUGUAUUGUGUUAGGUACCAUCCAUUUAGUAAGUCGAUGUUAACCUGUUUGCAUUAGUUGGUACAUAUACAUGUAGCCGGUACAAUACUUAUAUGUGUCUACUUAUAACCAUUUGUAUAUGUCUAUCUCACCUAACACAAAUAUUGUAGUACGUACUUAUGUUGUGAUUAUUGUUUUAUCGUAUACAGUGUUAAUAUGGUCGAGCAUUUAGAAUAAAAUAACCAUAACUGUACUUGUUUUUAAUCCAAAAUUAUAUAUAACAUUCAUUAGAAUAUUAGUUAUCAAUUUUCGUUUAAAACGAUUUAUGUUUCGGCCAAGAAACAAUCACAAGCUAGAUUCAAGUUAUAUAGUCAUUGUACGACUUCGUCCGAUAUUUGUUUGCCUUGAAAGACCGCAAAUCUUUAUUUCGAAAUGUUCUAUCGUGUAGGAGUUAAUAGCAACCACGCUUAAAUACAACCGACCACACAUGCAAUGCUUUACCAAGUGUGUUUAUUUAGAAGCAUAAUGGUGAUCUUUGAUUUACGCUUUUAAGUGAAUGUUUAUUUUUCAGCCAAAUAUUUCCCCGGAGAGUCUGCGAUGUUGAUAUCAGACACGUUUCCUUAGAGAAGC